AUGUGUCAUUCUGCUCACGGCUGUCGGAAGCACAACAACCUUGAAAUAGAUAGUGAGAACCCGUCUUGGUUCCUUUACGGGCCUGUACACGCACGUCUACAACCUCACCCACUGCCGCGAAUACGGGGUCCCCGCGAUGACAUCGUCCGCAUUGCCUACGUUGGAGUCUGUGGAAAUGAUGUACAUUUCUGGAAACAUGGCGGAGUCAAUAGGAAGGUCAGUAAGGAGAAACCACUGGUACUAGGCCAUGAGGGAGCUGGAACCAUUCACGCGGUCAUAACAGCCGUCUCCUCCAUCCAAGCCGGUGAUCCCAUCGCCAUUGAGCCUAGCGUUCCCUGUCGACGCUGCAAAACGAGUAAACGCGGCACGUACAACCUCUGUCAAGAGAUGAGGUUCGCGGCUGUACCACCCAAUGUACACGGCACUUUAACGAAGUAUUACCGUGUCCCCAAGGAUUUCGUCUACAAAGUACCACCGGAGAUGAGCCUACAGGAGGCAGCCAACCUCGAGCCCCUCUCUGUAGCAGUGCAUUCUACUCGUCUGGAGUUGAUAGAAGUCUCGUUAUCUUAUAAAUUUGCAGUCAACCAGCUAGACGAUCACGGCGAUACCCCUCGGUCAAUGAUGGGAGCCAGCAUAUACCCAAGCAACAGCAGCUUAGCGCCAUCCUUAGUCGCACAAGCACGGUGUGAUUACAGGCUGAUGACCCUCCUUUUUGAGAAGGAUUUAAGCUCAAUGGGCAGGCACAGGUCCGCACAAGCCACACUGAUCAAGGAAUGUAUGGUGAGCUCGGUGAAAGAUUACGACUACAAGGUCAACGUGAAACGGCUCACUGGAGAGGAACACAUUGACCUGAGGGUCAUAAAACAAGCCGUCGCCCAAAUUGAGGUAGGCUUUGUUAUGACUCUCAUCGGAGGGCAUUUUGUGGACGAAAGAGUACGAUAUGUACUAUACCGGAUCGAAGGACGGCAGUUCAAAGAAAGUAUUGACACGGGCUAUACCCGUUGGCAGAUAGAGAAGGAUUUGGAAGCCCUGGGGAAGGAACUAGGUAUCGUGAAGAAGAGACUUUACGUCUUGAAGUCUCCAAACCCCCUAAGCAUUCUGAAGAACCUUGAUUUCUUCCAUCAUUCCCAUCCCGCUUGA